AUGGCCCAGCUCGUCCCCUUACCAGAAGUCGAGCGCCUCAGCGCCUCAGUAAUCAGGAUCCUAGGAGGAAACCCGGGAAAGUUUACCCUGCAAGGAACCAACACCUAUCUUAUUGGCCGUGGUCAUCAGCGUAUCCUUAUUGAUACGGGCGAGGGAAAGCCCACGUGGGCGGAGAAAUUGCAAUCCGUGCUCUCCGAGGAAAAAGCCACUGUUCAACAGGCCCUGCUCACGCAUUGGCAUGGGGACCACGUCAAGGGCGUAACUGACUUGCUCCGCAUUUGUCCCAAGGCUACUGUCUUUAAGCAUCGGCCUGAUACGGGACAUCAGGAUAUUCAUGAUGGACAGGUUUUUAGUGUCGAUGGUGCUACCCUGACGGCGUGUCAUACCCCGGGACAUACAGUGGACCAUAUGACUUUUGUGCUGGAGGAGGAGGAUGCUAUGUUUACCGGUGAUAAUGUCCUCGGCCACGGCACAGCCGUCUUCGAAGACCUCCAAACCUAUCUAGUCAGUCUCAACCGCAUGCUCAACCGUGUCCAAGGCCGUGGGUACCCCGGCCAUGGCGCCGUGAUGGAGUCCACCAACUCGCGCAUCUCGGAGUACAUCAAACACCGUCAGCAGCGGGAAGACGAGGUGCUCCGCGUUCUACAGUACAGCAAGCUCGAUGUUGCGAAGAACGAGUCUGAGCCUGAGCGCAAGGGCUGGACGCCGCUGGGCCUGGUCAAGGUUAUCUAUCGGGAUGUCCCGGAGAGUCUUCAUCUGCCAGCGUCCCAUGGAAUUACCCAGGUGCUGAUGAAAUUGGAGAAUGAGGGGCGAGCGGUGCACAAUGAUGAAACCGGGGAAUGGCGUUUGGGGCAAAGGUCUGCGUUGUAG